AUGUCAACAAUUAGCAUUUCAGGAAUAGCCAUACCCCGCCUAUGCUUCGGAGUGGGAACCCUCAUGAAGUGGGCACCCGGCCACACUCAUCCACUUCCUACAGACAGCAGCGUCGAAAUUCAACAAGCGAUUGACGCGGGGUUCCGUCACUUCAACACUGGUGAUAUCUACACCAAUAAUGACAGCUUUGCCGAAGUCCUUCGCCGCAGCAAUCUCAUACGCUCCGAGAUCUUCCUAUCCCUUAAGAUCAAUACCUACGCAUCCCUAGGAUGUCGAGGCCGCGAUCACAUGAUCCAGGCCGUAAAGCAGGAGAUUGAGCGGUUUGGGACACUAGAAGGCUAUGUCGACAUCCUGCAGCUGCACUUCCCGCCCCGCGGUUAUGAUGGUAACAUGACCAAUCGCGAUGCAUGGCGUGUGCUGGAAGAUCUUAAGGAUCAGGGAGUUGCUCGCAUUAUUGGUGUAUCGAAUUGGACCUUGCCCGAUUACCACGACGUCUUCAGCGCCAGCGACCUCAAACACCCUCCACAGCUCAAUGAAUACGAGUUCAAUCCGUUCUUGCUGUCUGAUCCCAAGGUCCGGCAACUCCGCGAGUUCGAGGUCAAGCAUAACGUUGUCCCAAUGAACUAUGGCCUUUUGACAGCCGUCAGCGGUCGCUUGCCCACUGAAGACAGCACAGCACUGUUGCAGAAGUUGGAAGAGCAGUCAAAGCAAACGAGGCUGUCCACAGCUGAUCUGCUGCUCAGCUGGGCAUACUACCGGCUUGGCGGCAUUGUCGUGACAUCUACAUCGAAGGCAGACCGCGCUAAAAAGACCUUCGCGCUCCUUUCGGCCAAGCAAGCGCCUGUUAACGGUCAGAUCUACGAGGAGAUUGAGAAGGCGGCAACGCUGGAUGGUCCUGAAGAAUUCAACUACCCCACCGCCACUUACCAUGCGAAAACUGUCAUGUCUCUUCUUGUGCUCUUUGGUUCUCUCACGCUCCUUGCCAUCAGCUGGCUGCUCAGCCACAUCCUUGCAUGUCUUUCACUCCCUGGAGCGUACGGGCCUGCCCUUGCCAGAUGGACUGAUGCAUGGUACAUCUGGAAAAUAUGGCAGGGCAAGUAUGAGGCGUACGACAUCGAAGCACAUGAGAAUGGCUCCAGGAAAAUCGUUCGCAUCGGGCCUCGCAUGUACAGCAUUGACGACCCGGCCAUGGCUCGCGUAAUCUAUGGCAUCUCAUCUCCCUUGCCAAAAAGCGGAUGGUACGAUGCCUGGGGAGACCCUCGCAUCCCGAACCACAAUCUCUUCAGUGCGCGCGAUCGCGCCGUGCAUGGCCUCAUGCGCCGCAAAGUCGCCAGCAUGUACUCCAUGUCGACAAUCAAGUCCUACGAGCCCUAUGUUGACAGCUGUAUUGCGCUUCUUCUGAAGCGUUUCGACGAGUUCGCCGAGAGCGGAGAGACGUUUGACUUGCAGCAGUGGAUGCAGUGCUAUGCAUUUGAUGUGAUUGGUGAGAUAACGUUCGGCAGACGAGUAGGUUUCUUGGAAUCUGGCGGGCAAGAUAUCGACGGCAUCAUGCGAGGUCUAGAAGACGCCAACGCGUUCUCGACACUCUCAGGCGUCAACGCCGUCUUGUUGCCCAUACUUCUCGUCCUUUAUGGUAACCCUGUUCGUGGUAUCGCAAGUUUUGCGCGAAAGCUGCAAUCCGAGAGCGAUGAUAUUGACAUCAAGGAAAAGCAUGGCGGAGAGACCUUCCUGACAAAAGCUCAACGACUGCAGAAGGAAGACCCGGAGGAAUACGAAAGAUUUCGUGUUCGAACACUUACUUUGACAGGAAAUGUUGCAGCUGGAAGUGACACCACGAGCAUUUCCCUAACCAGUGCGAUGUACCAUAUUCUCACCACAAAUGGUGUCGCAAAGAGCAUGUACGAAGAGCUCUAUUCUCAAGGCUUCUGCUCUAGCCUCGAUGAACACAUUACUUUUGACCAAGCCCAGCAACUUCCGUACCUCCAGAUGGUCAUCAAAGAAGCCCUGCGACUCCAUCCAGCCGUCGGCUUGCCCAUGUGGCGCGAGGUCAUAGGGUCCGGUCUAGACGUCGAUGGAACCCAUUUUCCGCCUGGGACACUCAUCGGUAUCAAUCCCUGGGUAGCGCACCGGAACGCAAAAGUCUUUGGCACAGACGCCGCAGACUUCAUACCUGAACGGUGGGAUCCCCAACGCGCCUCCUCGGAGACGUUAGCGGUCAUGGAGCAGUACUACCUGCCUUUCGGAGCGGGCGCGAGGACCUGCAUAGGGAAGCAUAUAUCAAGCCUGGAGAUGGUGAAGUUGAUCCCAGAGCUAGUCAGGCGGUAUGAGUUUAAGUGUCUUAGUGGGGAAUUGAAGACUGUUAAUAGGUGGUUUGUAAAGCCACAGAAAGUACUCUUUAGUGUCACGCGGAGAGGACUUAGAUCUUAA